AUGCCGAAGUUCUACUGCGAGUACUGCGGCAUUUACUUGACGCACAGCUCCCCCGCUGGCCGCAAGCAGCACUCACUGGGCCGCAAGCACAUCAGCAUGAAGGUCGACUACUACCAGAAGCUUGUUCGGGAGCACUUCUUCCAGCCGCCUCCGUACACCCUCGCCGCCGCUCCCCCGACCGGCUUUCCACCUGUGGUGCCUGGUGGAGUGCCCGGCGGAGUCCCUGCGCCGAUGCCAGGCCACAUCGGUGCUCCCAUGAUGCCUCCAGCAGGCGCUGAAAUCCCAGUCAGGCCACCUCAGCUUGGCUUCAGCCCUGAUGUGCCGCCCCCGGUUGGCAUGAUUCCCCCGGCGCCGCACAUGCCCGGACCCAUGCCGCACCCUCCUCCACCGUUCGUGCCGCCAAUGGGCGCUCCCAUGAUGGCCCCGGCGCCUCCUUACGGCAUGCGGUGA